UACUCCGAUACUCCUUUACAGCAAUACCACAUGAAUAACGGACGGGGAGAGGCAGAAGUCCUCGCGGCUUUCAAUGAUGGCUACCAAUACUCCAAAACUAAGCUCGAAGAGAGCUUGCGGCAAGUCAUGACGCUCAAACCCACCAAGUCCUCCAAGGAUGUUGUUGUCCUGAAACGAGAGGACGUCGAUCUCAUCGUAAAUGAACUAGGCAUUCCUAGAUCGCAUGCCGAGAAGGCGCUCUUGGAAAGCGGGGGCGAGCUCGAAAAAGCCCUUCGUGCGCUCGUUGCGAGCUGAUGGGACUCUCAAACGAAAGCUUGCCGCCCCUUUUUCUCAAUAUCACUACUUUUCUCGUCCAUGCAAUCGAUACCUCAGAAAGGAAGAACAACAAGCAGAUGAAACGACGGAUUUUCAGUCACAUUUAUAGCUAACAGAACAACCAGACCAUGCCAGUAAACGUCGACUUUCUACACAAAAUUCAAAGGUCACCAUUAGUUGAUCUCGAAACCGUUUGGUUAUUGAUCACCAAUUUCUUGCUACCUAUACCCCCUGAAACUCAAAGAUAACUCGCACUUUCGGUUAUCCAACAUCAAAGUAAUGAGUCCUAUGUGGAUGCACAUAUCACCGCAAUGACCCAUACUUCGUUU